GGUGAGCGUCGUCGCCGCCCGAUCCUUGUAUCUCUUCUUUGUUAUCCUCCCCGCUGGUGGACAAAAAGACCGAAGGGACCGACCGUCGGCUGCUCUCUCGUGGCCAUGGCCGUGGCGGCGGCGUUCCUCUCCAGCUCCCUCCUCCCCACUACUCCCGGCUCCCACCUCACCCCAUUCACUCUGCGCUCCCGUCUCCGCCUCUUCACACGGCGCGCCGUCGUGGUCAACGCCGCCGCCGCCACACUCCGCGAGGUCUGCUCCGGCCGCGUCCCGGACCACGUCCUGCAGAGAGAUCACCGCAAUACUAGACCGCUCCAUUAUCAUUCUAGUAUCAAUGCUUUCCUCAAUAUAAAAGAAACUUUGAUCUUCAACUUGAGCCGCACACAAUUCAGGACCCAGAUUCCAGGGGCUGAGGAGAUUGGCUAUGUCGUGCCCACCGAGAUGCAGGAGCAAUCCCUGCCGCUUCUGCUGUCCGGCCAGGAUUGCAUUCUCCACGCGCAGACAGGCUCCGGGAAGACGCUGGCCUACCUCUUGUCCAUCUUCUCCACCAUCGACUUCAGCAGGUCCUCGGUGCAAGCGCUGGUUGUCGUCCCCACGAGGGAGCUCGGCAUGCAGGUUACCAAGGUCGCUAGACUACUCGCAGCCAAGGCGUGCACCGUCAUGGCUUUGCUUGAUGGCGGUACGCUCAAGAGGCAAAAGAGCUGGGUCAAGGCAGAGCCCCCCGCGAUAAUUGUAGCUACUGUGGCAAGCUUGUGUCAAAUGGUCGAGAGGCGCGCAUUCAGUCUUCAAUCCAUGAGAGUGUUAGUUAUUGAUGAGGUCGAUUUUAUUUUCGGGUCAUCAAAGCAAGUCAGCUCUCUUCGCAAAAUAUUAACCUCCUAUUCAGCAGCUUCCAGUCGUCAAACCAUAUUUGCAAGCGCAUCGAUCCCUCAGCACAAUCGCUUUCUGCAUGAUUGCGUACAGCAUAAAUGGACCAAGGGUGAUGUGGUUCAUGUUCAUGUCCACCCUGUACAGCCCAUGCCUUCGCACCUGUGUCACAAAUAUGUGAUCUGCACCAAGAAGGAAAGGAUGCAUGUUUUACUAUCGUUGCUUGAGAGGGACGCACCGAAGUCUGCAAUCAUAUUUGUUGCUGGGCAGUCUGAGAGAUCAAAGAAGGCUGGAAAUCCUCCUUCAACCAUGGUGGUCUCUGAUUUCUUGAGAAAUGAAUACAAGGGAAGCCUUGAUGUGAUGCUGCUGGAAGAAGAUAUGAACUUCAAUGCUCGAGCUGCCUCGUUCUCCGAAGUGAAGGGAAGAGGAUUCCUGCUGGUCUCAACCGACAUAGCGAGCAGAGGGUUUGACCUUCCUCAAACCAGCCACGUAUACAACCUGGAUCUUCCUAAGACGGCAACCGACUAUUUGCACCGUGCUGGAAGAACAGGGAGGCAACCAUUCUCCAGGUUAGAAUUGGAAUGCUGCGUGACAACCCUUAUAACAGAGGAAGAGCACUUCGUUCUACGGAGAUUUCAGAAUGAGCUCAAGUUCCACACCCAAGAGGAAGAGCUGCCCCUCAUGAAUUGCUUUCCAGGAUAGAGAUACUUGCUUGUUUCAUCGUCUCGUCAUCCUAUGAAUGAAUUAUUCCAUCUCUCUAGGUGGGCCGUCGACAUUCCCACGUGAAUCGCAUGCUUGUGUCAGUGUCACGUCUUUUCUCGUGUUGUACAGCAGCCGAUGACAAAUAAAUGAAAAUGUUUUGCAACUUUGCGUUGCUUUGCUUUGCUUUGA